CAAUAAUUAAGGAAUUACCAAACUUCACAAUUCAAUCAGGAUUCUCUCUUACAAGUAUUGCCAUCGGAGAUAAAUAAAGCUCCUAUAACCUAAAAAAUUCACCAACAGAAAGUGAUAGAAGAGAAAAUGGUUUUGGGAGGAUCCUUUUUCUCAGCAUUGCUUCAAUUUGUAUUGAUAAUUGCAUUAACAACAUUCUUCGUUUAUUUCGAUAAUUUAUUGACAAAAUUCUCUGAAGCAAUGGCUGGUCUACCGGAUUGAAAAAGUUGAUCCAGGCAGGUCAAACAUCGAUGAAAGAGAAUUUACUUGACAACCCUUAGCAGCACUUGAGUAAAUCUUAAUAGAGGAAACAUUACUCGAUAAUUUACGCAGCUAUAUGCACAGUAUUACAAACCGGAAGAAGCCAUAGUACAACUUUUUUUUUUUUUUUGUAACUUCUGUUGUAUCAAGAUAUUUUCAUCUAGUGCAAUUCAUUUUGGUUCUCUUUAUUUUUGUUCUCUUUCUGAACAUUACUACAAAUUCAAAUCAUGUUUGGGGUUUGAAGUAGUUGUGAGGACCAUGGGUACCCAUGUACUUACUGGCAAUGCAAACGCUACCGCGCCUUUUAUAACAGCACCAAACUCUAUGCCUUGCCAUCACAAUGGUGCUGUGUUACUAUUGCGAUCGACAUCGUCUCUAACAUCCAGGAAUAGAUUCUCCCAUUUGAUCAACAUCGUCGCUGUUGCUAGAGACAGUUCACCGUAUUCAGUGUUCCCUCAAGUAAAGAGGACGUACUAUCCAAAGUGUGUGUGUUUAGCAAAUAGCAAGUCCUAGCUAUCUGGGCCACAGGUUUGGGCUCUUAUGAAGUAUGUCACGUCGUUCUCUAGUUGUUUCACCUGAAGUAGCAGUUAUCCAAUCGCCUUGUAUGGAACGAACAAACAUGGCAUAUUUCUGAUUUAUUAUCUUGGAUGGCAGAUCUCUUUACUAUUUAAGCUUACAAUAUGUAAGGAAAGAAAUAAAAUCCUUAAUAGUGAUUAAGAGACCGCAUUUAUUUCUUUACUUAUAUAAGCACAAGAGAGGCUUAUAACUCUAUCUGCCGGGAAGAGGUUGAAAAACCUUGAGAAAAACAUGGGUUGCUCUCCUUCUAAAGUGUCAAAGGUUCGAGGUAUGUUGAACUAUAUUUUCAGUCGUUCUUUAAGUUCCUUCUCUAUAUGACAGUUACUUUGAUCCAUUCGUCGGUAUAUUUGUUUGUUUGUUUACAAUCAGAUCCUGCACCGGCGAUUAAAAGCAAAAGUAGAACAUCCACGAAUACCUUGAGCGUUAUUGAUGAAGAGAGUGAGAACGAAGAGCUAGAGCAAGAAUUAUCAGCUCUAAUAGAAACUAGUUCUGCAUCAAGCAUAUCUGAUUCACACGUUCUUACAGAUGACGAUGAUGAUAUUUCCUUCUCUGAGUUUGUUGAUGAUGAUACCACUUCAACAAAAGAAGACACUGGUACAGGCAUCAAUGGGGAAAACGAACAAAGGAAAGAAUCUCCCAAACAUGUGAAGUAUACUGAGGGAAAAAAGAAGAGCAAAGCUGAUGAAAAGAUAUCCAAAACAGCUACAAAACAGGUGCGAUUUACUCUUCCGAACGAAGGUUUGAGCAGUUCUGAUGGAGAUUGGAAAAUAAAGUCGGGAACAGUUCUACAACCCAAAAGGCAAACAUAUAUUACCUUGGAUGAUCCCAGUGAGUUUAUUGCAAAUUACCCUGAAGUAUUACAUGAAAGGCAGAUAAACUGGUACAACAAUGGUUGUUAUUUCGACUUGGAUAGAGACAUUCAAGGUUAUAACUUGAACAAAGUUCUGUAUAUGUUCAGGGAUGAAAAUACAGAAUCACCAUGUUCCAUAAUGUAACACCGACAGAAAUCCAGUCGAAAGGAAGAGUAAUACUAUUCAAUUGUAAUUUCAAUCCAUUAUGCUGUAUACCAUCUUAAAGCUUUCAGAUUUCUGAAUACAGAAUGUACCAGUUCAAGAAUACCAUGACAUAUCCAAAACAUUCCAAAAGGCAUACAAAGACACCCAGAAAUAUUUUCUUAUGAUAACUACAGAAGUUAAGCCAGGAAUAAAUGUUGUAUUAAAGCAUGUUUACAAGGCAGGCGCAGAACUUCCAUAAUAAUCAUCCAAUAACCUCUACCUUUAGUAGCGUCCAUAUAAAUGUCACCUGAUCUACUUUUAGAGAGAUGUGGAACAUUAGUUGCAAAUGCUUUAAUUA